AUGUCAACAAGCACACAAGUAAAGGGAGACACGUUGGAGUAUAAUGUUAAGGAGAAGUUCGAAGAGAUCAAUGUCAUAGUACAAGGAGUAAAUAUUUCACAGAUACAUUCCAUGGCUCCAGAUAUUUAUCUACGUGAAGGAGUAGAGGCUAUGUAUAUUGCUCUCGUGUUUUCGAGAAAAACUGCUUUUAUCUGGUGUUUCAUGGCAACUCAUGGUGUGGCUAUACUUGUUACUUCAGAUAACGUCGGCAGUCUAAUCGGGCAAAGUCUGGUGGUACUUGUAUAUAAAGGUCAUACUGUGUUUUGUGUGGCAGCACGGACGAGUUACAAGACAAAUAAAGGGAAUAUUAUAACAGGUGAUGGCGGAGCUGAUUUGAUUGGCGAGUACAGAAAUGUAAAGUUUAUUGUACAAUGUAAAAACUUUACUAAUGAGAAAGUACAUCCUUCUCUUAUUAGAGAUUUUAUUGGGACUUUAUCAAAAUAUUCCACCGGAACAUUAGGUAUUUUUGUAACAACUGUCGGUUACACGAAGUCAUCAUUUGAGGAGGCCGAAAAUUCAGAUUACGAUAUUAUAUUAACUGAUUUACCAAAUCUGAUAAAAAAAUUUACAUCAUAUAUAAAUAAAAGAACAAAAAGGAGCUCCUCAAAUGAUGACAAUGAAUUCAUCACGGUUGAAAGUGCAGAAUUCGAAAACAUUGAAGUAGAAAAAGAUGCUACUUUAUCAAUAUUUGGAAUAGAGAUAAAGGUUGGCACUUAUGGUAGUGGUAAUCGUAACACUAAUCAUUUAUUUGGUCCUGGUUGGGAAGCAUUACUUUUUAAUAUAGAAGAUGAUGGUCCACUACACGAUAUUAUUGCGUUAACAUAA